AGGCCCUCCGGAGCGCCGUGAGUGACAGCUGUCUAGACCAAUCAAAUGCGACCGGCGCGCAUACGUCAUCGCGGUUUCACCAAUCGGGUUUGUCUGUGGCGCCGACGUAGGCGUUGGUUGGCGUCGCGCUCCGCCCACUAGUUAUAAAACACCGGACAAUAAAGUGGCACUAGUGGAGCUAGUGGUCAACAAAAGGAGACGUGGAAGAACACGAGGCACGUUGUGCGUGUUCUAGUUUCUCUUCUGAGGCGGCUAAGAGUUGUAAAACGUAUCCCAUGCCUAAUUGGGGUAAUAAAUAAAAAAAAAUAUGUGACUGGAAAAUCCUCAAACGACAAUUAAAUUUAUUGUUUAAAAUAUUCUCAUGACGGCCUCAGCAUUGAACAUUUAAUUAUCGCCCGCUUCCUGCCUCGUAAUCGCGGCAUCACAAACUCCCCGGUUUGCGUCCAGCUAGUGUCGCUGUCGUGUGUCUGGCUGUGUGUGCAGGCCGUAAAUCACCCAGCUUCCUUUUUUUUUUAAAAAAAAAAAAAAAAAAAAGGUCUAAUAUUACUAAACAGGUCAUUGUUUGUGUCGUUGACGCCGCGCUGGGGGAUCUACACGCAAACAUGCGGGAAACCACAGCGGUCUUUUGCCAUUGUCCCCUAUUGUGUGUGAAACCGACGGAGCAGAAAAACACGUGGGCCGGGUAGUGUGAAGAUAUCCGGUUUGUAGGUUGCGCCGACUUGCUGCUUUACUCCAAGACAGACUCCGAUAUGGUGAAGCGAUGCGGCUGUAGCGCGGACAGAAGAAGACAGCCUUGAUGUGGGCAGUAUGAGUAAGACGCCCCCUAACAGAAGAGGGAUAAGAUUUGAGGUGGGAGCACAGCUUGAGGCUAGAGACAGCCUCAAAAACUGGUAUGCUGCCAACAUAGAGAAGAUUGACUACGAAGAUGAGAAAGUAUUAAUCCAUUAUCGGCAGUGGAGCCACCGUUACGACGAGUGGUUUGACUGGACAAGUCCCUACCUGAGACCUGUAGAGAGAAUUCAACUGAGGCGUCAGGGCCUGAAUGACGACGCUCCCGUACCUGGCUUUCACGUGAAUGACAAAGUCCUUGCCAGCUGGUCUGACUGCCGUUUCUACCCCGCUAAGGUCAUUUCAGUCAAUAAAGAUGCAUCCUACACUGUGAAGUUUUACGAUGGUGUUAUCCAGACAGUGAAGGGGAUACAUGUGAAGCCUUUUAUCAAAGAGAGAGGUGGUGUCGGUGGAGGGAAGUCUCGGUCUUCUGACAGGAACAUGGUGAGGAGGGUCCCAAAUCGCAGAGACAGGAGGUCUCAAGAGAAUGGCGUUCCCAAAAAUAAGCGAGCCAGACGCAGCACGUCUGACCAGGAGGAGGAGAGCAACAGCGAGGACGAGGAGAGGGAAGAGGGGAUGGUAAACGAGAAAAACAAGAAGACUAAUGGGGAGCUAGAGGCUGCGCCCGUUAUCAAGCAGGAAGAGGAAAUGUCAGAGGUGGGAGAUGAGAAAAAGCCCAGGGAUGCAGAAAAGAGGACGGCACUUACUAAUGGAGUAAAGCUUGAAGAGGACAAUAAGCAAAAUGAGCGAUUGUGCCGCGUAAACGGAGAGGUGAAGAAGGAGGAGGUGGAAACGGAACCGAGCGAAACAAAGCCAUAUCCAGAGUCGCCCAAGCCAUACACGGAGUUGCCCGUUCAGACGUCGGCGCAGACCGAGCAGGUGUCUGUAACUAUGACAACCACAGAACCCAAUGGAGACGUGGAGCAGAAACCAAACGUCCAAUCCGAAAACGCUCAGCCCGAAGUGGUCGCGCCGCCUCCUCAGCCUGUGAAACCUGUAAGGAAGCAGGGCUUCCACAACCCCAACAGAUUCAGCAGAGAACCACUGUACAGAGUUAUCAAAAACCAGCCUCCUCCUGUCCUCUCCAUCAACCUCGACCACAACCCGUUCAAGUGCAGCGCUCCUGGCUGCACCAAGUCAUUCCGUAAAGCCAAACUGCUGCAUUACCAUAUGAAAUAUUACCACGGGGAGGAACAGCCUCCGGAGGGAGAGCGCAGCCCCAGCAGGAGUGUCCAGACCAGGGCCUCUGAGAAACAGUCUACUGCGACUGGUCUGGAUGGUACGAAGAGAAGGCGCACCAUUUCUGCCUCUAUGCACUGUGUUGGUGCUGCUGCAGCAGCUCCCCGUGGCGAGGUGAAAACUGCAGGCAGGCGCACAUCUGCCCCGCCUGCAGUCAACACCCAGGGCCAUCAGCAGAGGGCACUGCUGAGAGAGAAGAGCAAGGAGAACCAGCUGGACAGGAACGGAUGCCAGCUGCAGGACAAGGACUCGGACAAGAGUGGCUUUGACAUUGGGUCAGUCAAAGAAAGACUGAAAGAGAAACCAAAACAGAAGGACUUCCUCCGCAUUAAACUGAAGAAGAAGAAGAAGAAAAAGAAGGGAAAGUCUGACUACACAGGUAGUGAGGAGAAUAUUGACAUCUCAAUAUUGGGUCUUCAGUCCAAAUUGAAUUUGCCACUCAAAACUCCCCCCUCACAAAAUCACAAGCCUGAGGCCUACCCCAGCAGGCCUGGAUACAGCUACUCAGAGCAGAUUCAUGUGGAUGAUGACGAUAGCAUCAGCGACUGGUCCACUGACAGCUGUGGGUGGAGCGACGACGACUUCGAGGUGGAUUUGGAUGUGACGACACCACCUCUGAGUGUGGACUCCGGUGCCGUGGACACCAGCGACCAGGAGAUAGUGAGGUGUAUCUGUGAGGUGGAGGAGGAGAACGACUUCAUGAUUCAGUGUGAAGAUUGUUUGUGCUGGCAGCAUGGCACCUGCAUGGGCCUGCUGGAAGACAAUGUUCCAGACAAAUACACCUGCUACAUCUGCAGAGACCCACCAGUUAUAUCAUUCUUAGGUCAGAGGCAGAGUCUGCGCUAUUGGUAUGACCGCGAGUGGUUGAGCAACGGCCACAUGUACGGCCUCUCCUUCUUGGAAGAGAACUACUCUCACCAAAACGCCAAGAAGAUCACCACCACCCACCAGCUGCUGGGAGACGUGCACCACGUGGUGGAGAUCCUCAACGGGCUGCAGCUGAAGAUGAGCGUCUUACAAAGCAGCACCCACCCUGACCUGCAGCUGUGGCGGCAGCCGUGGAAGCAUUUGGAGAGGUCGAGGAUCGCAUCCGACUCAUGCCGAGGCAGCAACUCCGCUCCGUCUCCCGUGACGCCUGACGAGGACAUGAGCCGAGGAGAGAUUUUAAUGUCCAAUGCACUGGAGAAGCUGAGCCGUGCCGCUACAGCUGCCACGUCCUCCUCGUCCUGCUCCUCCUCCCCCUUCCCAUCCUUCCAGGACUCGUACAUUACCAGUGAACACUGCUACCAGAAACCCCGGGCGUAUUACCCGGCUGUAGAGCAGCGACUAGUGGUGGAGACCCGACAGGGCUCUGAGCUGGAGGACAGCAUGAGAAGUACAGAGGAACUUCUGGAACGGGAGCAGCGCUAUGGGAGCCUGCUGGAGACGGACAAGCCCAAAGCAACAGGCAUGAGCAACAAGGUUUCUAUGGGUAGCUUGUGGUCCCAGGUUGAGAACAGGGAGGAGCGUGGUAGGCUCCCUGAGGAGGCUGCAGACAACAGCAAACAGCAUCAACAAUGGCAGAUCAACCUGCUGGAUCACAUAGAUGCCGUCCAGGACGAGGUCUCACACAGGAUGGACUUCAUUGAGAGGGAGUUGGACGUGCUGGAGAGCUGGCUGGACUACACUGGAGAGCUGGAGCCUCCCGAACCUCUGGCUCGUCUUCCUCAGCUCAAACACCGCAUGAAACGGCUGCUGACACAGCUGGACAAGGUGCAGCAGAUCGCCCUGUACAGCACCACAUGAGGGCGCCAGAGAACAACAGCUGGUUCCGUUAUCGCACAGCAUGCAGAAACAUUGCAGUGGAUGAUGUGAUCUCUGGCUGCACACGUAACAAUAUUAAUGCAAAUCCAAGACUUAGGCGGUUCAGCAUAUUCCCUCCGACCUGACCUCUGCUGCUGCUGCUGUUUCUCCUUUAUACAAAGGUUCUGUGUGGUGGAAUCUGAUGCUGCGGCCAGCCUGUGUCGUAUAUGAAUAUGUAUAUGAACAUACGUAUGGAAAGUCGGCAUCUUAAAUCAGGAUAAAACACAAAGAGUAACCUCGUAAAUGCAGGAGAACAUCCUUAGGACCAGAUUACCCUUCUGUGGUUCCCAUGCAACUAAACCUUAUGAAUGCCUUUCGUCUGCUUAAGGUUGCCCUGUCUCUCAGUACACAGUGCUUUACAUGCAGGAGCUUUAUAUUCUAAAUGCAGUCCAGUUCCUGCACCUACACUCUUUGCAAUAUGUUUUCGAACACAUUAUCAAAUAGUCAUUUGUUUUGUCCCAAAGUUAAAUUUUGCUCAUGUGUCACGUCACACUGUGUUUAAAUGUGGACAGAGAGCAACUUGAAGACUGUACCAGUGCUGUACAAGCAGUCUCUACAAAUAAUUAGUCCUGUGUUUGACCUACUCAAGGGUUUGUUUUCUACUACACUGUGAAGUUAUUUUUGUCUGGUAUCAGAGGCAUCUUAUUUUCAGCUUGAGAGAAUUUAACAAAUGUUGAAAUUCUUCUUUAACCGUCUGCUCAUCCGUGUCUCAUUUUUCAUUCGAUCAGUUUACUCUUACUGUUGUGUCGCCGUAGCAUUUGAUUUCACUGAAAACUGUAACGUGGACUUGUCUCUUCUUAACCUAUAGCAUCUCGUGUCAGUGACAAAUAUUACUUAGAAAACCUGUACAUUUAUUGUUUUUUCCUCCUUUAUCGUUUUUCCUCCUUUAUCUGUUUCUUUACAGUAUUUUGGUUGUUUGUAAAUAAGUCAUUCAAAAAGGCCUCCUCCUUUAUUGACAAUGUUCUUCAAAUACAGAUAUUGUAUGCUACUGUACUGUAAGUGUCUGGCUUAGAAGCAGGGAAAAUGUCCUAAACAAUGCAAACAGAUUUCCUGGUACAUAAAUAAACUGUCAUUGUUAUUAAUCACUAUGAA